AUGCGCAAGUGUAAGGUAUUCGUUGGUAAUUCACAUCCAGAACUAGGGAAGCUAGUCUGUGAAAGAUUAGGUAUUGAACCAGCUCCUUGCGUUUUGAAAAAAUUUGCAAACGGUGAAACUUCAGUCCAAAUCGGAGCUUCUGUUCGUGAUGAAGACGUUUACGUUAUUCAAUCAGGUUCCCCUCAUGUUAAUGACCACAUUAUGGAAUUGUUAAUUCUUGUUUCUGCUUGUAAGGGUGGAUCUGCCAAAAAGGUUACCGCCGUCAUUCCACAGUUCCCAUAUUCCAAACAAUGUAAGAUGAAAAAGCAUAGAGGUGCUAUUACAGCAAGAAUGUUAGCCAACCUUUUAAUUAUGGCAGGUGCUGAUCAUGUUGUAUCGAUGGAUUUGCAUGCCUCUCAAAUGCAAGGUUUCUUCAGUAAGCCUGUGGAUAAUCUUUAUGGUGGUCCAAGUCUUGCCAAAUGGAUCAGAGAAAAUGUGGAAAACUAUCACGAUGCAGUGGUAGUUUCUAAAAACCCCGGUGGUACCAAGAGGGUUACAGCAUUAGCAGAUGCGUUAAAAAUCAAUUUUGCGAUGAUUCAUACAGAUCGUCGUCGUUCCAAAGAUCUGUACGCAUUGAACAGGGAUUUGAAGCAAUUAAGACAGAGGAAACAAUCAUUAUUGAGAAAAAAUAGACCAAUUGUCAAACAAGGUGAUGGUCCUGAUGAAGAGGAAAAUAUCAUUUUAACUAAUGGUAUACAAACUGCGAGAAUUCGUAACGGCCAUGUGAUUGGUGACGAAGAAGAAGCUGCCACCCUUGAAACUGACGAAGAAGCUAUAGAAGAAGAUGGUCAAGAUAGCACAUCUGGUACUGUAAGUGAUUCGUAUGCUUUAGGUGGUACUUAUGAUGCAAACGAUUCAGAUGAAGAUGAGGAAAUUGAAGUUCAAAGUCAAGAAAAACUGAUUACCCUGGUGGGUAAUGUCCAAAAUCGUCCUGCAAUUAUAUUAGAUGAUAUGAUUGACAGACCAGGUUCAUUCAUUAGCGCAGCUGAACAUAUGAUGCAAAACUGUGGUGCCAAACAGGUCUACGUGGUUGCUACACAUGGUAUUUUCACAGGUGACUGUUUUGAACAAUUGGAGAAUUCAGAUGUGAUCCACAAAAUUAUUGUCACAAAUACUUAUCCAAUUUCAAGUGAACGUAUUGAAAAAUCUAAGAAAUUAGUCGUCAUUGACGUUUCAUCAAUUUUUGCAGAAUCAAUUCGUCGUGAUCAUUAUGGUGAAAGUAUCUCAGUUUUAUUCGAUUCCCUAAGUGCUCUGUAG